CAAAUAGAAAGCAUAAUGCAUAAUAGCUGUUAGUAAAAAGCCAAGGUGUUGCAUUUAAUUAAAAAAUAAUAAUAACAAAAUAAGUGAAAAAUAAAUUCAAUCAAUUUAUAGAAUAGGAAAUAAUAAUAAAAGUGAUACAAUGAAGAAUGCAAACAAAAUCAAUAUAAUAUUAUUAUGCCUGUGUUAUGUUACAACAACAAUAUUAAGUGCGAAGCAAUCACAACACAGGUCAACGGCAGUCAACAACUAUAACAACCAAAAGUGUUCAAUUAGCGAAUAUACAUGUGCGAAUAAUAAAUGUAUUUCCCUCGCACAAUUUUGUGAUAAUAAUGACGAUUGUGGAGAUAAUAGCGAUGAGCCGAGAUUUUGUACGCAUUGUAAUCGAACAUACUAUGGAAAUAUAGGAGUUACGUAUCAUAUGGAGUUGCAUCGUCCUAAAGAGGAGAAAACACCAUUUGUUUGUCAACUUACAUUUACCGCAGCCGGUGGUGUACAUGGAGAUAUAGUUCAGAUAACACUACUGAAUGGAUUUACUGUGGGAAAAUUUGUGUCGUUUACACACAAUGGCUGCCAGGAUGCUUAUCUAGAAUUUUCAGAAGCAUCUCGUACUCCAAUUGGUGGAAUGUUUUGUGGACAAUCAUGGGGUCCAUCCGUAUUCUAUAGCGAGACACGUUCUCUCGUACUGACUAUAAAAUUAUUUAAGCUUUUAAGAGAUCAAAGUGGAUAUAAUUUUGAUUUUCGGAUAGAUUUCAAAUUUCUAUCAAAAGAAGAAUCCGUGGUACGAUACGGAGGAAUAAAGUCUGAACUUUAUGAGAAUAUGACUAAGUUUGAUACACAUCAUUCAUCUAAUCUUUUUGACAAUAAGCAAAUAAAUAGAAAAUCAAAAGUAAACGAGAAUUUUCAUGAUCGAAAUAGCAAUAACGAAGACGAUGAUGAUACUUCAGAUUAUGACAAGACAUAUAUAAAAAGUAAUUGGUAUGAAAAUUCAGUAAACCUUACAAAAAAUAAGUUCCAACGUCAAAAAGCUAGAGGAAAGAAUGCCACAAUCGAUUUAAAAUAUUAUCUGGGUGACUUGAUUCCAGGCACUUAUUGCUCGCGAAUAUUUAGUAACUGCGAUAAAAAAUUAUGUAGACUUCAGAGUCCAAAUUUUCCUGGAACAUAUCCAAGAAACCUCACUUGCUAUUAUGCAGUACGUCAACAUGACGUCCCACCAGGAAAACAUGCACUUAUUACUGUCAAGCAGCCAAAGGGUAACCUCGUUUGGAUAAUGGCAGGCAGUCAAAACUCACCAAAAAAUGAUAAAGAGAAAUUCCGACCACGUCUUCAAACUUGGAAUGAAUGUGACUUUGUUCAGGAUUUUGUAACAAUUUAUGAUGGCUACACGACACGAGAUCCCAUUAUUUUGAAAUUUUGUGGGGGUGGACAAACAGUUCCACAAGCAACUUCAAGUGGACCUGAAUUAUUGGUUGAAUUUACAACAGCACCAUAUGGUACAUUUAAUAAUCUACAACCGGAUACUAAUUUAUUAGCGUUUAACGGCUUUCAACUAGAAGUAGAAGUAUCAUUCGUUGACAUUCAAAGCCCCACAUACACAAAAAGUAAAAGAAGCUGUGAAUUUUGGAUACGUGGAACUGGCUACGGUAUUAUAGAAAACCCUCUCCAUUCAAUUGCUCCUAACACAACAUGUUUAUAUCAUUUGCAGGGCACAGAGAUUACAUCACGUUCAAUGGACCAACUCCAGGUUAGUCUCAGAAGAGCUGGGAGCAUGUCGACAAGUACAUCUCGCUUUAAAAUUUGGUUAUCGAUGCUGAAAUUUGACUACGCUCCAGUUUAUGAGGGGCCCAUGGAUGAAAAUAUGUUAUUGCAACCACUUAAAGAAGAUUGUUCAGGAAUGCUUAGAAUAUUUGAUGGCCAAUUAAGAGAGCCACCCACAUGUAAAGAUUUGGACUGUCAUAUUUAUGAUCGGAAUGACGCUCAACGUAUGCUUCGAUAUGGACUUAAUCAUACAAACGUCUUAGCAAGAUUUUGUCGCGGCUCGAUUCCACGUAGUUGUGAUCAUGUUGUCAUGAAUUCAAAUUAUACGAGACCAUGUACAUUACAAGAAAGCUUCUUAUCAUCAAAUGAGUAUGCAACUUUAGAACUGAAAGUGACAGAGUCUUCAGCAUUAAGGCCGUUAAACUUUAAAAUCAACUAUGAGUUUGUAGAUUUGUACCAAGAUGGAAUACCUUUCGAUAAUGAUCAAGGUUGCAAUAGAAAAUUUGUCAGCAACCUAAUUGACCAGCAAAUGGAGCCGAUUAUUUUUAGAAGCAUACGAAAUGUUUUCUUUUUUGGACGGAGUGGCGCAAUAAAUUUAAAUUGCGUUUAUCGCUUUGAAGCUCAACGAGGCGAACGAGUGAAAAUUGUAGUGCAUCGAAUGAUGUCAGGAAAUCGAACGUGUGACACAAAAGCUGAAAAUGACACACAAAGAUCGUUUUGUUAUGGAGACAAUUCAGCUAAAUUGCAAAUUUAUGAACGACCAUGGCACGAUUCUAUUAUAUUUAUAAGAAAUUGUAUUUGUAAUUCGACAACUGAAUCUGUUUUGCCACUCACUUACGUAUCCUCAAGUCGAGAAUUAGAAGUACACUUUUCAGCUAUCAACAUGACACGUUAUGACGAUCCAGAUACAUUAAAUUUUCAGGCCACUUUCGAAUUCAUUAAACCGUCAAUUCCAACAAAAUGUAAAGACACACGAAGGAAAUUGGGUAGCGAGGGAGUCAUUAGUCUCAAUGAAGGAGAGCUUGAAUGCAGAUCAAAACCAUGGCUUAUAGAACCAUCGACUGGGAAAUAUUUGUACAUUAAUUUUCGUGGUUUCUACAUAAGUCGAUAUAAUCCGGCUGUAGAAUUGCCAAUCAAUAAAUCCAUAGCAAUGAACGAUGAAACUUCUUUUGACUGCCCUACAAAAUCUCGUGUUAUAAUAACGACGGGAGAAAGCGUUACAAUAACAGCAUGUCCACUUUCGGAUGAUUAUAGUAAUCGUCAUGUUGUUGAAGUAUUCAGUGCUGGAUGGCAUCAUAAGUCGAUUUUUCAACGUCAUGAGGCGUCUCCUGCAUUAUCCGUUGAAUUUCUCACUGAUAUUUACGACUAUAAUGAAUACACAUUGACAUGGUUAGAAUUAUCUCGGAGGCCUCCGCGUGCUGAAGGAAUUGAGGACUGUCAGUUCGUAUGUCCUGAAUUGUUCGCAUGUGUUAAUGCAUCGAUAUGGUGCGAUGGGCGUGUUCAUUGUCCAUCAGGAUAUGAUGAAUCGUUUGUCCAUUGUUCAAGAAUAUUAAGAUUACCGGCUGAAGUUUUAGCUGUCAUGUGUGUCCUUCUUCUUCUUCUGUGCUGUGCUGGAAUAAUUUAUGUUCACAGAAAAAUAAAAAAUCACUGCCAACGUAGUUCGGUUCUUCAAACAAGAUUGAAGUCGUUAAGUUCUAUGGAUACGGCUGUUUUUGACGAAAAAGAUUUCAUUAGCUGACAAAACGAUUCUGUGCGAUAUGUUGAAGUUGAUCGUGUGACAACGGUUUAAUUUCGUGUGGAAAAAUUUCAUAAAACAAGUUUUUCUGUUUUGCAUCAAAUUUGCAAAAUCAAACGACAUAUCGUACAGAAAGUUAUAUUGAGUAAUUUUUCUCAUUCUCUCACUUUUCCUCUUUCUCUCUUUAUCCUUUUUACUUCCUUUACUUGAUUAUUAUGGUAAAUAACUAAGCCAAUAAUUACAGUAAUUCUUUCUGACUCUUUAAAUAGAAAGAAAAUAAAAGGAAAAUUAUGAUUUGCAUGCAAUGCGCUAUUACGAGUAAUUAAGCUGGCUAAUAUUUUGUUAUUACAAAAAAUUAAAAUUAAAGCACAUUUCCAGUGCUUUUUCAUUAAUUUACUUUAUCGUUGCUGAUGAUCUCUUACAGAAGUUAUGGUUGUUAUAUUUAUAGACAAUUCUCAAAUAUUACAAUACUUUAACA